AAUAGUUCAUGAGUUGCAAAAAUUGAAAUGAAUAUAAAAAUUCUAAAAAGCGGUCGUUGUGAUUAGUUGACUACAAAGACAAAAGAUCUCAAUAGAUAUACUACCAAAUAAAACUUCACAAUCAAUCAAAACUUCGUCCUUAACAAGCUAUCAACUUUCCAAGAUGGACAGACUUCUGAGGCUUGGAGGCGGCAUGCCUGGACUGAGUCAAGCGCCCCCUCCUUCAGAUGCCCCCGUGGUAGACACAGCCGAACAAGUCUACAUUUCUUCCCUAGCCCUCUUGAAAAUGUUGAAACACGGACGAGCAGGCGUACCCAUGGAAGUGAUGGGUCUCAUGUUAGGUGAGUUUGUCGACGAUUAUACAGUGAGAGUCAUAGAUGUAUUUGCCAUGCCUCAAACUGGUACUGGAGUCAGUGUGGAAGCAGUAGACCCAGUGUUUCAAGCUAAAAUGUUGGAUAUGCUGAGGCAAACAGGAAGGCCAGAAAUGGUUGUGGGCUGGUACCAUUCCCAUCCUGGCUUUGGUUGCUGGCUGUCUGGGGUUGACAUAAACACUCAGCAGAGCUUUGAAGCUCUUUCAGAACGAGCUGUAGCUGUGGUAGUUGAUCCAAUACAGUCAGUUAAAGGAAAAGUUGUGAUUGAUGCCUUUAGGUUAAUUAAUCCAAAUAUGAUGGUGCUGGGUCAGGAACCACGCCAGACAACCUCUAACUUGGGCCACCUUCAGAAGCCUUCAGUCCAAGCUCUUAUUCAUGGUUUGAAUCGUCAUUACUAUUCCAUUAGUAUAAACUAUAGGAAGAAUGAACUUGAACAGAAGAUGCUGCUGAAUUUGCAUAAAAAGUCUUGGAUGGAUGGUCUGACACUGGCAGAUUAUUCUGAAAAUUCUUGUGUCAAUGAAAAAACUGUGGCUGAUAUGCUUGAUCUGGCCAAGAAUUAUAACAAAGCCCUGGAGGAAGAGGAAAAGAUGACCCCUGAGCAACUGGCUAUCAAGAAUGUUGGGAAACAGGAUCCCAAGAGGCAUUUGGAAGAAAAAGUUGAUGUCCUUAUGACAAAUAAUAUUGUUCAGUGCCUAGGGGCUAUGUUGGAUACUGUGGUUUUCAAAUGAUCUUGUCAGCAUCUUGAAAUAUUCCAUCAUGAGGUUGCAGUUUUUUUCUUUGUUAAAAAAAGACUGCCUUUCAUCACCAUGUUCAGUAUUUUGGGAACACCCUGAAAAUCAUGAAUAUUACCCAUUUCUUCUGAAGGAUAUCUGUAACAUGGUGCCACCCACUAUUAUUUAUGAAUAAUAACAUUUUUGUAAAAUCCUGAUCUAACCUUGAUUGAAAUCAUAAUUUACCUGAACUACUUAGGAGAUAUUUUUUCAUUAAAUACAUUUUUUUCAAUU